GAGAUUAAUCGAGUGUUGUUUGCAUCUCAUCUGUUGCAUGUUGCGAUUUAGUUUCGACCAAAUGUGCAUUAAAAUGACAUAAAAAUGUUGCGAGGUAGCCAAACCCAAGCACUGCUGCUGGCACGCAGCUUUAACUAUAUUACGCGAGGUUUGACGACUGUAAAAAAGACAGCCAGCAAAGAAGGAAGAGUGAAGUCUAAAAAUGGAAGCGGAUUUGAAGUGCCAGUGGAGGAGUCUUUGAAUCCCAACUAUUUGGCGCGAACAUUGGGCAGCAACUAUCGCACAUGGGCCGCAGCUCUGGAAAAACAUCCCGAGCUGAAAACCGUCAAGCGAAAGGAUCUACUCAAUUCCUACGAGACAUUGAAAUCGUUGAAGUAUAGCGUGGAUGACAUUGUUACGAAACCCAUGAUCAUUUAUUACGGCGCCUCAACGCUAUCCAAUCGGCAUAGUGUGCUCAUCGAAUGCGGAUUCCAGAAUGUCACGAUUCCGACGCUGUUCAAAUACAUAACUGUUAUCAACAAGCCGAUAGAUAUGCUCAAGGGACACUGCUAUAUACCCUACAAUGUGAAUGUGUCACAGCGUCUGGCUGCAUGCUUCACGGAUGUCCAGCUGCCCAACGAUGGCCAAUUGGCAGACGAAAGCAUCACCUUAAAGAUGCUUAGGCAAACCUUACUCAAUGCCUAUCUGCGCGAACGUCUGCAAAUGGAGGAUGCUGACCUGCAGAAGAUGUGGCGCGUCUAUUCGCGGGUUCGUCAUAAAAGCUUCCGCUCCGUGCAGGAUAUUAUCGAGCUGUUGACUACGGUCUUUAAGUUUCCAUUGGAGCGGAUACGAAAAAAUAUUUUCCUGCUGCAUGCGGAUGCAGAUAAUGUGCGUCGCAUUCUUCGGGAAAUACCCACAAUUUAUGGCCAAGACAUACGCGACAUUGGCUAUCGUCGGCCAAAAAUCCUAAUGUCCACUUGUGAUAGUCUUAAGCAGACGCUGCAGCACGUGCGCUCCUUUGGCAUCAGCGAGGAUGCUGUGCUGCGCUGUCUCGAAGUGCUUACCCUGGGACCAGAUACGGUUUUGGAGCGUCUACGCGACUUGAACGAAAUCGAGGAGUUUCAGGUUCUGGGCAGCAAUCCGCGCGUGCUCCGCCUGGUGCAUUACCAGAACAAAGCUCGCCUGCGUCUAGACUAUUUGAAUCAGCUAAAGGUGCGCUGCGCCUCAUUGCACAUAUUAUCCUGCGGCUCGGAAAUCUUUGCCAAAUUUGCACGCGACGGCUCGGAUCGCACAAAGGGACGUGACAUUGUGGUUUAUCUGGGCAACAUUCUGCUAAAGGACGAGCAGGUGCUGCGCAAUCUGCUGUCGCGACAUCCCAACUGGUGUCAUGUGCCCGUGCUGCAUGUCAAACAGUGUCUGGAAUACUUGCUUAGCAAGAGAUUCAAGCUCAACGAGAUCUUCAAUAACAUUCACCUGCUAUUGUAUCCAAUCAAACGCAUUGAAGAAAAAUUGUUGCAAUUGCAAGCUGCUGAGGCCAUGGAAGAGCUUCAGCUGCCUGUCGCCGAUGUGCACGCUCUUAGCAACAAUGAGAUUUUAACGCUGAUUUUAUAUCUCAUCGAAUCGGAAUUUCAUUUCACUGGAGAUGGCAUUUGGACGGAACAGCAUACGCAUCACGUCGAGAAUUUCAAUAAUCUUUUGCCCGACUUUCCCGAGAGCCUCAACAAAGUGUACAAAUAUGGCGUAAGGCCAUCAGAGAAGCUGUCCAUGCAGCAUUUGUAAAUAAUUUUG